AUGCGUUCCUCCAUUGUUAUAACUACCUGCAUCGUCGCACUUAUUCUGAGUUUAACAACAGCACUCCCUGCUCAUGACAGUGCACAACGUGGACUGGUUCCUGAUUUAAGUGGUUUAAGUGGUGUAUUGGGGGGUGGUUUCUCACCUCUUUGUCUAUUUCCGCCGUGUAAUGCACCGUCCUUUUUAUUCCCGGAGAUUGAUUGGGAAGCUUUACAUGCAAGCAUCGCUCAAUGGAAUAAAGAACAGGAACAACUGGCAUUACAAGAAGAUGAAUGA